AUGAAGGUCCUCCUAACCGGUGGUAGCGGCUUCAUUGCUGCACACUGUAUCGGCUAUCUCCUCCAGCAUGGACAUGAGACCGUCUUCACUGUGAGAUCACAUGAAAAAGGAAUGAAAAUCCUGUCCAACUACCCUGGUCAACCUGCAUCCAAACUCUCUUAUGUCAUAGUCGAGGACAUCGCACAGGAAGAUGCAUUCAAUGAUGCUGUCAAGUCGGAUCCGCCCUUUGACGCGGUUUUACAUACCGCUAGUCCCUUCCACUUUCACCCCACCGACCCCAAGAAGGAUUUGAUUGACCCGGCAAUCAUUGGGACGACAGGCAUUCUCAAGUCUAUUAAAGCGUCUGCACCGACCGUUAAAAUUGUGGUCAUCACGUCCUCCUUCGCGUCCAUGAUCAAUACCGCCAACCCUCCCAAAGUUUACAACGAGACGUGCUGGAAUCCCGUGACUCUUGAGCAGGCUCAGGAGAGUGCUAACAUCGCUUACCGAGUAGGCAAGACUUUUGCCGAGAAAGCCGCAUGGGAGUUUGUGGAGAAGGAGAAGCCGAACUUUCAGGUAGCCACGAUGCUGCCGACGCUCGUAUUAGGACCGAUAGUGCACUACUUAAACUCGCUCGACUCGAUCAACACGUCGAAUGAGAGAUUACGAAGCAUGAUUCAGGGGAUGAUGAAGGACCGCCUUGCUCCGACUGGAUAUUUCCUGUGGGUUGAUGUCCGCGAUGUUGCGCUGGCACACGUCAGGGCCAUAGAAGUCCCUGCUGCCGCCGGCAAACGAUUUUUCCUCACUGAGGGCUAUAUGGACAAUGCGGCCAUCGCUGACGCCAUUAAAGAGGGACACCCAGACCUGGCACAGAACUUGCCGGAAAAAUACGAGUCUGACUUACCUAAGGACAUCUAUGGCUUUGACAACAGCCGGACUAGGGACAUUUUGGGUAUUGAAUACAGACCCUUGAAGCAGUGCAUCAUUGACACCGUCAAGAGUCUGCGAGAAGUUGGUGCCUGA